AUGGAAGAGUAUCUCCGAAGCUAUGUUUCCUACCAACAAGAUGAUUGGGCUCGAAUGUUACCAAUGGCUGAAUUUGCGACAAACAAUCAUGCCUCCGAAACAACAAAGGUCUCCCCGUUUUAUGCCAAUUCAGGAAGAAAUCCAAGAAUGACCUUUGGCCUUUUAGAACAUGGUAGGACCACUGCGGAAGACCAAGCUAAUAGCAUUGCAAGAGAGAUGGAAAAGAUAGUGGAAUUCCUAAAGGAAGAAAUGUUCCGAGCGCAAAGAAUACAAGAAGAAUCCGCCAAUGCGAAUCGAACUCCAGCCCCUCGCUGCAUUUUGGGAGAUAAAGUUUUCCUAUCGACACGUCAAAUUCUAACGAAGCGACCUUCCAAGAAAUUCGAUUGGAAACGUAUUGGACCCUAUAGCAUUAAGCGGAUCGUUAAUCCCUAUGCUUACGAAUUGGAACUUCCCCAGUCGAUGAAAAUACAUCCAGUAUUUCAUGUCUCAUUAUUGUCUCCUGAAGCAGGUAAUCCUUUACCUGGACAACAACAGUCGCCACCACCUCCGGUUGAGAUCGAAGGAGAGGAAGAAUGGGAAGUCGAAAAUAUUUUGGAUUCGAGGAAACGAAGAGGAAGGUUUGAGUACUUGGUACGAUAUAGAGGGUAUGAUGAAGCCUCCUGGCAACCACUAUCGGACCUUGAGCAUUCACCUGAUAUCGUCAAACGAUUCCACGAGCAUUAUCCAGGGAAGCCUAAGCCUACCAGGAGGUAG